GCCGCUCGUUCGAUCAUGAAAAUCGCUUCGAGAUGAGCGAAUCGGUCGUUUGCAGCGAGUUCACGGCAGCGCUGGUGGUUGUUGCUCGUCCUUCCAGCCGGUAGGAUUUGCGAUAGAGGCGAUGAGGCAAGUCGGAGCGACGAUCUCGCGAGUUCGCCGCGAAUGAGAGUCUCGCCAACGAGUUAACAUGAUCAGCGGCAUUCAGGCCGCCUUGAAAAAUGCCAUUGACGUGAUAGCGCCGCCGGCAACGCCGUUGCAGGACUUCACCUAUCACUGGAAGCAGUUGAUGAAUUUUUAUGUGAGUCAUUUGACCGAUUGCAAAGUUCCUGUGCAGAAUACCGGUAUACCGCGUCAUUUGGACGUGCUGUUGGAAAUCUUACUUGAAGAAGAGAAGGAGGAGAAUGAGACAGGACCGUGUCUCGAGUACCUUUUGCAGCACAAGCUGCUGGAUCUCUUGGCGACUUUGGCCAGUGCGGAGGCGCCGCCUGGCAUGCGAUUGGUUUGCCUGGCUUUCUUGAGAAAACUACUGGGUAGAUCGAAAUAUCCGUUGCUACAUCACGCGUCCAUCUAUUCGCCGGUACAGCGACUGAUCACGCUCUGCAACGGCAAUCCACCGUCGCCGAUCGAGGCUGAAGAGGUGCAAUUUCUGCUGACCAUUUCCUUCCUGGUGUGCAAGUAUCCGCACGUGAGUAACAUCGUCAAUGAUGUUCCAAUCACGCAGAUUGCCAGCAACCCGGCGAGGAGAGAUAGCGAGCGAACGGAGAUUCAAAGGGUGACGUAUGUGCCAACGAGAAGAAGAACCAAGUCUAAUCCGUUGUUCGAACCUUUGGACACUCAAGCGAUCACGUUGGUGAGCCCGAACCCCCUGUUUGACCAAAGGAGAUCACACCGCGCCGCUCUGCACGGCGGACGAUCGAACGAUUCUUCGAGGGAGGAGAGCGUGUCGUCGAGCCCUCGAAAAUCGGCUUGCGAUUCGCCGUCGAUAGUCGGGAGGGACGAGAAAGAUGUUCCGGGAAACGAAAUCGACCAACACUUGAGGAACCUGCGCUUGGAUAACGACGACGGUGCGAGUUACACCACGGAUCUGAGCUUCAAGUCAUCGUCGAAAUGUCUUUUAUUGGAUGCCCUGAUGAGUUAUUUGAACAGCGCGGACAACACGGUAAGGGUACGGGCGUGCGAGGGAAUAAUGGCCCUGGCUUCCCUGGAUGAUUCCGCAUUCGCGCAGACAGUGGCCAACAGCGAACUGUCGUUGAUAGUGUCGCAUCGACUGGAGAGUCUGUUCAACGCGAUCCCGGCGCAUGUGGAUCACUUGGAGAUCUACAACGUGGAUGUCACCUGGGGUCUCGAUUCGCCGUUAUGGACCAAGGAAAGCAAGUUCUCGGGCUGUCGGCAGGUUGCGGCGUUCUUUAUGUGGUUCGACUACUGCGACCAGCUAAUCAGGGAGGCCCGAACGGAGGUCGCCGAGACGCUGGCGAGGAACAUCAGGCUGAUGUUCUUCGACGGGGUAGUGACGGCCGCGCUCGCAAACCAUCACGUCGUACUUAUCACCGCACUCGUCGCCAAGUGCUUGAAGGAGAUCACCUCCUCCGUAUUGUGCACAGAGGUGAGUUAUUGGCUGGUCGGGCAGGACAGAGAGGCGGAAAUAUCGCACGUGUGGACGUCGCCGGUGUUGCAUCGACUCACGGAGAACUGUUUCACGGACAGUAACGACCUCACGGUCGAGACGCUCAAGCUGUUCGAAGAGGCGAUAGACAAGAGAAACGAGCAUAUAUUGCACUGUCUACUGCUAAUGUACCUGUCUACACGAGCGUACUACGACAACACCGCUGCCGACAGCGCUAUCGCCUCGUGGAGCGACGAGGAGGACGAAAGAGAAAAGGAGAAGAAGGGAUCGUUGGAUCUCUCUUACGAGCAAAAUCACAGUCGUACUUUAGCACCGAGUAAUAUCCAUAGAGUCGUCAAUUGUUUUCUGUCAUUGAUGCCGCGGUAUCUGCAAACGGACUCGGACACAAACAACUACGACAAGUAUAUGUCGGCUUGGGAGCGUCAGUAUUCGUCGGUGCUCUCCGAUUGCGCCCUGAUGGCAUGGCCGUUGGAAGCAGUGAUGGUCGACGAUACCGCGAGUUCCGACUCGCGACCGGAAGCCGAUCACUGCUCGCUCGCCACCGAUCGUUUCUACGUGGGACCGUUCCUCAGCAUGCUGUUCGACAAAGUCGGUAACAUGCCCAGACAGACGUACGAGGUCAAUCUGGAGGUUACGGGAUUGCUCUCCAGGCUGGCGCUACUGCCGCACCCGUAUUUACACGAAUUCCUGCUGAAUCCCUUACUACCGCUGAUACCCGGCACGAAGAGUCUGUUCCUGUGCCUACAAAGAGUCGUCAAGCAGCUCGUCGGCGAGGUACCGAAAACUCAGGAAAGCAAGGCAAGGUUGAAAGAGACGAGGAAGAGAUUGCUGAGUGAUUGUUCUCAGGAGGAGGAAAAAGAGGACAUUUUGUACGAGAGUGUCAUUGUGACGGAAGAGUUUUGCAAAGACCUCGCAGCCAUAGCGUAUAUGAAAUACCACCAUUCUGUCUAAUAAAUUUCUACAUAUGGAGAAACUUGUGAAUUACAAAAUGUUGAUAUAAUAUUCGUCGAAGGUGCGCACAUUCUAUUCGUCACUUGGAAUAGAUAAUAAAUCAUACUUGUGAUGACUUUGUAAGAUAUUAAGUAUUAGGCGAAUACAUUAAAAUAUCAUUGCUAACAGACGUGUGGAAUCGUUGCUGUAUCUUCUAUAAAAAGAAAAAAAAAGAAACAAAAAUAUACCGAGAAAUCAUACAUGAUGUUUACAUUCUUCGAAAGUUGAUCUCCACAAAUUACCGUCGGAUAUUUUUCACAAAAAGUUAUGUGUAAUGUUGAAGUAAAAAAAAUCCUGUCUCUCUAAUUGCUAGUUAGAAUUCAUAAGAAAUAAAUUGAGAAUGGUAAUGAAGAAACAAUAAAUAUACGUAUUCAUCAAGCCCGUUAUUUACUUCAGAAUUGGAUCCACUUGACGCUGCAAAUGCUUCGAAGCGCCGUGGGAUAAAAAUCAUCGAUGUUUGAAAAAUUACGAAUACUUGCCGUGAAAUUGUACCUUUUUGGAAUACAGCCCGAUUCUUCUGCGCAACUAUAGUUGUUCGGAAAGUAAUUUCGUUUUUUGUGGUGAAAAUGAAAGACGAUCUUCGUAUAAUGAAUAAAUAUUUAAUUAAAUUA